UUAACGCCCAUCAAACUCACUCUUUUAUUCUCUUCCACCCUUUUUCAGCUACCAGCGCCGCCCUCAGCUCCGGCCAUACUUUACGAAAUUCAACAAGUAGCAAGCAGUUAAUAUGUCGGGUUAUUAUUAUCACUCAGGGUGCCCAGAUCGGUACGGGGCUCACUAUCUGGAUGCCUGCUCCGUUUGCGGCAAAUCGCUUCAUAAUUCCGAUAUUUUCAUGUACAGAGGGAAUACACCGUUUUGCAGCAAAGAGUGUAGACAAGAACAGAUGGAGAUGGAUGAAGCCAGAGAAAAGAAGUUGAAAUUUGGUAGAGCACAUAGGAAAUCGGAUUCCAAGACCUCUACACCCAACAAAACUGUUCGGACGGGAACUAUUACGGUGUCGUAGUACAUAUUUGCUUAUUUUUUUCUUAGUAGGGUGAUAAUGGUAUCAUCAAUUUUGAAAAAAAAAACGAGAAACAAGAUAAGGAAAAAGAAAACCUUGAAUGGAAUUUUGUAAUAUCGUUUUUUAUUGGGGCUGACAGUUGAUAAGGGAGGAAGCGGGAGGUAUCAGAUUGUGUAGUUUCCAUCAAUGAAAAAUAUUCAGAGAUCUAUAAUUUCCGGUAUUCCUGAGAA